CUAAAGCCCUCCCCCACAGUAGGAGGAGCUGUGGGUCCAGGAAGCAUCAGGAGCGGAUGGACCUUGAUGAAUCCCAAAGUCCCAAAGGGAUAUUUGAAUGUCAGCUCUGCAAGUUAUCCGUCCCGUAUACGUACUUCGGCCAGAAACCACCAAAUACACAAUCCAUUAUCCUCUUGGAAGAAUGCUUCAUAAUGAGGGAUCCUUUUGUUCCGGACAAAGAGAAGUUCUUAAUUCUUGGCUCUCCAUGCAGCCUGUGUAAGCAGGUGGUCUGUGUUGGCACGGAAUGCAGCCUCUUCUACUCCAAGAGAUUCUGUCUCCCCUGCGUCACCAAGAACAAGGACGCGUUUCCAACUGAGAUUCAGCAGGACUUGGAUAAAAGAAAGGCCCAAGCUAAAUGAUCUUUGGACAUUUGGGAAUAGCACAGCCUCCGACUG